AUGGACGCUUGCCUCACAUGGACGCCUUCCUCACAUGGACGCCUGCCUCACAUGGACGCCUGCCUCACAAGGACGCCUGCCUCUCAAGGACGCCUGCCUCACAAGGACGCCUGCCUUACAUGGACGCCUGCCUUACAUGGACGCCUGCCUCACAAGGACGCCUGCCUCACAAGGAUGCCUGCCUCACAUGGACGCCUGCCUAUCAUGGACGCCUGCCUCACAUGGACGCCUUCCUCACAUGGACGCCUUCCUCACUGGACGCCUGCCUCACAUGGACGCAUGCCUAUCAUGGACGCCUGCCUCACAAAGACGCCUGUCUCACACGGACGCCUGCCUCACAAGGACGCUAGCCUCACAAGGACGCCUGCCUUACAAGGACGCCUGUCUCACACGGACGCCUGCCUCACAUGGGCGCCUGCCUCACAUGGACGCCUGCCUCACAUGGACGCCUGCCUCACAAAGACGCCUGUCUCACAAGGACGCCUGCCUCACAAGGACGCUAGCCUCACAAGGACGCCUACCUUACAAGGACGCCUGUCUCACACGGACGCCUGCCUCACAUGGGUGCCUGCCUCACAUGGAUGCCUGCCUCUCAAUGACGCCUGCCUCACAUGGACGCCUGCCUCACAAAGACGCCUGUCUCACACGGACGCCUGCCUCACAAGGACGCCUGCCUCACAAGGACGCCUGCCUUACAAGGGCGCCUGUCUCACACGGACGCCUGCCUCACAUGGACGCCUGCCUCACACGGACGCCUGCCUCACAAGGACGCCUGUCUCACACGGACGCCUGCCUCACAAGGACGCCUGCCUCACAAGGACGCCUGCCUUACAAGGACGCCUGCCUCACACGGACGCCUGCCUCACAUGGACGCCUGCCUCACACGGACGUCUGCCUCACAAGGACGCAUGCCUUUCAUGGACGCCUGCCUCACAAGGACGCCUGCCUUACAAGGACGCCUGCCUCACACGGACGCCUGCCUCACAUGGACGCCUGCCUCACAAGGACGCCCACCUCACACGGACGCCUGCCUCACAAGGACGCCUGCCUCACAAGGACGCCUGCCUCACAAGGACGCCUGCCUCACAAGGACGCCUGCCUCACAAGGACACCUGCCUCACAAGGGCGCCUGCCUCACAAGGACGCCUGCCUCACAAGGCGGCAUGA